UCCCAGAACCGUCACCCCCCUACCCCCCAAAUCCUGCCAGGGUCCCUUUCCAACCUCGCCCUGCCCAGUCCCCGCGCCCUCCCGCCGAGCGGGGUUGUGAACUGCCAUGAGUUCCCCCAUCCGCAAGAGCCGCACCCUUGCCGCCUUCCUGCAGCAGCUGCGCAGUCUCGGGCAGCCCCCCAGACCGGUGACUUCCACUGCGCGCGCGCCCCAUCGGCCGCCGGAGGUAGCCCUCUGCCCGCUGGUGGCGCGUGGCAAGAUGCAGAACGCGACCGCGCUGCCCGGCCCCACCAACUGGCCGCUGCUGGGGAGCCUGCUGGAGAUCCUCUGGAAAGGGGGGCUCAAGAAACAGCCGGACACACUGGCCGAGUACCACAAGAAGUAUGGCAAGAUUUUCCGCAUGAAGCUGGGAUCCUUCGACUCGGUGCACCUGGGCUCGCCGUGCCUGCUGGAAGCGCUGUACCGCACCGAGGGCGCCUAUCCGCAGCGGCUGGAGAUCAAGCCCUGGAAGGCCUAUCGCGACUACCGCAAAGAAGGCUACGGGCUGAUGAUCCUGGAAGGUGAAGACUGGCAGAGGGUCCGGAGUGCUUUUCAAAAGAAACUAAUGAAACCAGUGGAAGUUAUGAAGUUGGACAACAAAAUCAAUGAGGUCUUGGCUGAUUUUAUGGGGAGAAUAGACGAGCUCUGUGAUGAAAGAGGCCGCAUUGAAGACUUCUACGGCGAACUGAACAAAUGGUCAUUCGAGAGUAUCUGCCUUAUAUUAUAUGAGAAGAGAUUUGGGAUACUUCAGAAGAAUGCAGAGGAGGAAGCUUUGAACUUCAUCAUGGCCGUCAAAACAAUGAUGAGCACCUUCGGGCGGAUGAUGGUCACUCCCGUGGAGCUGCACAAGAGCCUCAACACCAAGGUCUGGCAGGCCCACACGCUGGCCUGGGAUACCAUUUUCAAAUCAGUCAAAUCUUGUGUCGACAACCGGUUAGAGAAAUACUCUCAGCAGCCUAGCGUGGAUUUCCUUUGUGACAUUUACCACCACAAUCAGCUUUCCAAGAAAGAACUGUAUGCUGCCGUCACGGAGCUGCAGCUGGGCGGGGUGGAAACGACGGCAAACAGCUUAAUGUGGAUUCUCUACAACUUAUCGCGUAAUCCCCAAGUGCAACAAAAGCUUCUUGAGGAAAUUAAAAGUGUUUUGCCUGAGAAUCAGAUACCACGUGCAGAGGAUGUGAAGAAUAUGCCGUACUUAAAAGCCUGUCUGAAAGAAUCCAUGAGGCUUACCCCGAGUGUGCCAUUUACAACUCGGACUCUUGACAAGGCAAUGGUUCUAGGUGACUACGCCUUACCCAAAGGAACAGUGUUGAUGCUAAAUACCAAGGUGUUGGGGUCCAAUGAAGACAAUUUUGAAGAUUCAAGUCAGUUUAGACCUGAACGUUGGCUUCAAGAGAAGAAAAAGAUCAAUCCUUUCGCACACCUUCCAUUUGGUGUCGGGAAGAGAAUGUGCAUUGGUCGCCGGCUGGCUGAGCUGCAGCUGCAUUUGGCUCUUUGUUGGAUUGUCCGCAAAUAUGACCUCGUGGCCACAGACCUGGAGCCUGUCGAGAUGCUGCACCUGGGCAUCCUGGUGCCCAGCCGGGAGCUCCCGAUUGCAUUCCGCCGACGAUAAGAUACCUCAGAUUAGUUUUUCACCGAGACCAAGAACAGGAAUUUUUACUUUCCUGAAAGAAUGGUGCUCACGGCUUCUGGAUUACUGGAAAACGAACGUCAAGAACUAGACCAUGCAUCAGCAUAUAAAGAACAUCUAGGCCUCGGUGUUUAUAUUCUUUCCUAUGUACAAUUGUUCCAGAAUCUGUACUGUCUGUCCAGAUGAUGGUCUGCUAAUAUCUUACCAAACUCAGGGAAGCAGACUUGAG